UCUUCGUUUGAUCGGUCUGCGUUUUCCGGAAGCCUUUGAAACCCACCCUUUGAUCGGUCUGACUUCGUCAUCUCGGUCUCUCUCUCUCUCUCUCUCCAAGCCAAAGCGGAUUCCUCGAGCUUUUGGACUCCUGGAAGACGGCCUUCCACGCCCUACAUAACGUUCCCGACCGAGAUUCGUUGCAUCUGCUAGUGUCUUAAUCGUCUCGGGGAACGAGCGUCCGUAAAAGAGGAUCUUUUUUGGGGGGAUCUAGCUGCAAGCUUUCGUAAAAAGUCAAGCCUUUUCGACAUAGGAGAAGGGAUGGAAGGCGAUUGGUACCGUACGCAGCAGAGUUUCCAGAGCGGGGAGUGGCCGCGGAGGAAAAGGGCUUAUAGGGUCUGCGGUGGAGCUUCCAGUAGAUCGAUCGCUCCUCCGUCUUACAGGCUUGGACAAGACCAUCUAUUUGAACAAAGGAAUUAUUCAAAUGUAGAAUCUGAUUCUACUAGCAACAGUGGCCAUCAAAGAGAGGAAAAUUCUGUUUCAUACCACCAAACCGGUGGAAUACCAAUAAAGGUGCACAUGAAUCAAAAGAUAUCAAAGCCAUCAGAAAUUAGUCACUCCUCAGCAAGCGUAAUUGAAAAAUUAAUGGGUCUCGAUCAACUGCAUGAUCGGGGAAUAGUCCCUAAGCAACAGAUGCCAAAGCACUGUUGUUUUCAGCAACCAUCACUUGCAGCAUCACCAGAGAGAUUCAGAAAUGCGUUUCAAGUCAUGGGUUCAUCAAAGAUGGAGAAGAACAAGACCAAGCCAAUUAUUAAGACAUAUCCAAACCUUCAAAAAGGUGAACUGGGUUUGAACUUCACGAGAAAGAAAUUUGUUGGUGAAAUGGGUUUCUCAAUUGAUGAUACACUUAGUACUGCUGAAGAAUCUGCCAAUGCAUUGGAGGACCAAGACUUCAACAAGGAGCUUUUUGUGAAAUUUAAUCAAGAACCCAAAUUUUUAUUCACAAGAUAUCGUCACAAUGUGAAUUCUCAUCAUGGAAGAUCCAUUACCAAAUUUAAAUCCUUGGAUGGUACUAAAUAUGAAGGCAGCAAAAUGUGUUGCGGAUUCGAGAGGAAGACCAAAAGGUCCACUGGUCAUAGAUGGAAUUCCAGCUUAUUUCAUGACUCAUUUAAGGCAGGCAGUAAUUUUAGGUCAGCAAAUUUACAAUAUCCAGUCAAAACUGAUCCCUAUACUGAUCCCAGUCAAUUUUUUGUUUCGGGACCAUGUCUUAAGAAGUAUCAUAACAUGGGAAGUAGCAUUUCGUCUCCUAAUGAUGCUCAAAAUGUUCAGCUUAAUAACAGAAUACAGGCAACUAGAUCUAGGUUUCUGGAAUUACAUGCAAAAAGAAGGGAUCAGCAGAGACUGUCCAGUAAUGAGGCAGAUGUUGUUACUAAGGCAAAGGGUUCAAUGGAAAUUUCCAGAGAUGUUAAACAACUAAUGAAACAGCACAUGAAUGCUGAUACUAGAAGACUAUCUGUUGUGGAACUUGACAAUGCAAGGCAUAAGGUUGGCUAUGGUCAUUUUCACGGUUGCAAGGAUAUGAUGUACUUGGGAUCUAAGGAUUGUUCUUGUGGUGGAAGUUUUUCAAAGAGAAGCACUACAAAUGAAAGGAAAAAGCUCCAAUCAUUUGAUGGGGAAGUAUGUAAACUACCUCCACAGGACAUGCACAUGAACUUAGAGGAGUGGAGGAAAGAAUCUUGUGGAAAAACACUCAAGCCAGACCUUACUGGGUUAUCUGUUGACAAUACUGAAUAUCUUGAUGGCAUGUUCUCUGUCUCCAAUUGUAUGGACAUGGAUUUGCUGUUGAAAAAUAAAAGAAAUAUGGCUCAAGAAGUGACAGCAGAUGUAAUUUCAACACUUAAUGAGGAAAUGUCCUGCAAUCAUUUGAAGGAAACAUCAUCUGACCAACCUUCAUCAGUUUGCCUUCCUAUCUUCAAGGGUGGAACAGAAACACAGCCACAGCCUUUGGCGAGUAAUAAACAAGCUGUACAACUGAAUUUGAUAUAUGCACAAGAAUUUCCAUCGAUGGAAGAUAAUUCAGAAAUAUGCAUGCAGUUCCAAAUAGCCAAGUCAAAUUCAGAAGUUACGUGUGAGAAUUACUCAGCUUUUCUUAAAUUACCUAAUGUCAGUAAUUUUCAGUCCCUUAAAAAGAAUAAGGAUUUGGGAGAGUUCAGGGAUGAAGAGGAGAGGGACUUCUCAUACGUUCUUGACAUGCUGAUUGAGUCUGGUAUUGAUGACGCCAAGAAAGGGAGGCUUUACGAUGCAAGUGACUUGCUGGAGUAUGACAUGUGCACAGAUGUGUUUGGAAAGCUUGAAAAGAAGUACAACAAGCUUGCCUUAUGGUCAAGUUCCGAGAGAAAGCUACUUUUUGAUCUUAUAAACUCCAUCCUGGUUGAGAGUCUUGCCCCGUGUCUGCAUCCAUGGGUUAAUUCUACUCAUAUGGUUGGGCCUGUGUGGGGUUUGCAGGGACUUGCUCAGAAGGCCUGGGAAAUUUUAGUCAGAAAACGUAAAGAACUUUUCACAGGAAAUGCAGAGGCAAAGGUCCUGGUCCCAAAAUGGUUAGAUUUAGAAGAUGACAUUGAUGGGAUAGGAAAAGAGAUAGGGGAGAUGCUGCAGGAGGAACUUCUAGAUGAACUUGUUUCGGAGUUCAUCCUAGGUUAAAUGGCUUUUUGGUAGUAAAAGUGAGAGAGGCAAUAUCUAGAUUUUGCCAAGUGGAUUCCCUGUUAAUUAAUGAGUCCAAGUGUCAUAUUAUGAAUAGGGUGUCGGCUGUGGUGAGUUGUUCAACAGCUCAAUGUUGUCGUCCGUCAAUUCCCAUUGUUUGAUGGUUCUUAUAAGACCAAAUGGAAUCGUCUUCAUGUACUGAUACGAGGUGCUUGUGCAUCGGUUCGUCAGCAACCGCAUACGAGGCAAUAUGCAACUGGCAGUGAAGUUGAGUACAGUCAUGCCAAUUCCAGAUCAGGCGGUUUAAGAUGUUAUUCACAGGAUUCUCAUGACAUCCUGUGCAAGAUGUUUACAGUGAGUGAUCUACAGCAAAUGAGUCAUGCCAUUUCAGGUGGCCCAAGAGAUGAAGUCUGCAGCAACAAUGCCAGCUUUUCAAUUGGCAGUAAAGUUUGGCAAUUGUUCCAAAUUCCAGGUCAGGCAGCUGGAAUUACUAGUUUAUAGAAGUCAUGAUAUCACACAGGGUUUGUUGUGAUGGCCAAUUCACAGGAGUCAUUACUCAUGCACCCAUCCUUGUUUGGUUGUCUGGGUGAUCAAGUCCAGCAUCUGUUCAAGACCAUAUGGGAGGGAGACAGCCAUUUUGUUAUGCUGUGUUUGUUGUAUAGUUUACAUUUGAAAACAUUAGGUGAGAGUGUAAAGUUUCUGUGAAAUGCUUGAAGAAAGCAAUAGGGGGAGUAGUGAGAGAAAUAAAGCCCCUCACAGGGGAAAUUUAGGAUUUGUUUGUAUGUCAUGCUGCCAUUUUUUUGUCAUUCUCUUUUGCUGCCCACACAUGUAGAGUCUCAGAAGAUUUUGUUGGUGAAAUUAUUUUGCAUUAAUA